AUUUAAAUGGACUUGAGCCUCGGGUAAUGAAUCUAUCUACAUAAAUUAUCAUCGAGUUGUCACACACCCGCGCGCUGCAUCUCUUUUAACAACCAAAAGAGAAAAGGAGAGAAAGAAAACAAGCAAGAGAUUUUCGUCCAGCAUCUCCCUCUUCAAGGCGGCAUACCCCUUCCUCCUCAAUGGAUACUGCCAACAAUGGCCAGUCAUUGGAAUCAUCUGCUCACCCCCCCAUCGAAACAACGGGCAAUACAGCUGACCAAGUGACUACUCAAAUUUCAGCGACCCAGCAGCCCGAAACUGAAAUAUAUGUAAGACUUAAGUCCUAUCCCUUUAUAUUGGAUCAGGAGUUUGCAAAAGGCCUUGCGAUCAUACUCGGUCACCCAGAUGCGCCCGCAACUGAAACGGAGAUCGGACGCAGCGACGACCUCGUCUUACAAGCAAAAUGCUUCUAUUUUUCGAGAAAGGAAAAACUCGUACAUCCCGUGAACUUUGCAGCUUAUAAAGCCUGGUUAAAUUCCGAUCCACCAACGAACACAGCUGAGGAUGAGGCCAUCGGGACCACAUCGCAGCAGCUCAAAGCAUCAGCGGCUGACAUACCCUCAUCAACUGAACACACCAUCCAGACGUCGGGACUCGCCCAAGAGCCUACGUACCCUUCCUCAUUCGCGCAUAUCGUGGAACUCAUUACUACUGGUCAACCGAUUCCUGGCAUUCAGCAGAUACCAGACACUGUAUUAAAAGGCCGUGACACACCAAGCACGAAACCGAAAAGACGGAAGCCCUGGGAAAAAGAAGAAGCUGGUGAAACUUCUCAGGCCUAGAAAUAGAUGUAUGGUAGCAUGAAGGCCUCCUACCACCCUUAGAGCCCUUAGUAUCCCGGAGAGAAAAUUUCGACUUGCAAACCUGUUGGACUCUAUUGCAAGGGUAGAUAGCUUUUAUGGGACACAUAAGCUAUGAGGAAUUGGAUACUGAUUAGGAAAUGUUCUGGAUUUAGAAAGAAUAAAGUAACACUAGAGAUUAAGGGGUGUCCAGAUAUGGUACACGAAAAUGAUACUUUCCACAAGUUGUGUCGCCUGCCUCUGUAAACCAAACCUCACGCAUAAACAACCCACACUGUAACUUUUCCUCUGGUAAGAUGUUAACCAU